UAGACUUUAGUUGGUCUCGAUCUCUUUCUGUAAUGUUUCUGCGUUGCUCUCUCGUCUUCAUCCCGGCAGAAUGCAACCGGCAGAAGGCUCAGAAUUGGACGGGAGAAUUCGCUGCACGGUAGCAAUUGAGCAUCUGGGUGCAGCGGCGGCCCCAAAUCGCCUGCUCCUCCGAGAUGCCUGGGUCACCCUCGGCCGGAAUGAGUUUCGCGAACUGGUAUUACAGGUGACGAAUGCCUCGGGUCCAGGGCGUCUCCAGAACUUCCCCUUGCGACAGAAUGAAGUGAGUCUAUUCACACGUUUCGUGAAGGAUGGGAAGAGCUCGAUCCGAUUGGGCCCCGCGGGUUCCAGUUAUGUGCAGCUGCUGCUCUCUAAUUGUCCUCCGGAUCGCUUGCGUCGCUUUGUUCAGACCCUGCGCAUCAAAUUUGAAGCCACGCAGCACGGAAUGCGGCCGGUGGCUGAGCGGACAAGGCUCCUCUCUAGCUUGCCACGCACAUUCGACACAGUAAGCCCGGUGCAAGCCCGCGAUUUGCAACAAGCAACUGCCAGACAAGCUCUGGCUAACGUUGUAGCCACUCCCACGAAAAGCCAGACAUUACGCUGCGGGUCUAGGAAGCGUCCUAUGGAAUCAGUGGAUGGAAGGCAGGUGUCUAAAGAACAGCAGGCGAAGAAGCCUUGGUUGAUGGGCUCCCGAGCAACACUUUCCCAGGAGCAGUCAAUGGUGCUGAGUGCUGUGCUGAGUGGAAAGAAUGUCUUCUUCACAGGGAGUGCUGGAACUGGAAAAUCCUAUCUACUGAAAAAGAUUGUGGCCUCAUUUCCUCCAAAUAGCACUUAUGUCACAGCCAGCACAGGAGUGGCAGCAUGUCAGAUUGGGGGCAUCACACUCCAUGCCUUUGCAGGCAUUGGGUCAGGAAAGGCCCCUCUGCAUCAGUGCAUUGAGCUAGUCCAGAGACCUGGGGUUCGGCAGCAAUGGCUGAACUGCCGCUGUCUGAUCAUAGAUGAGAUCUCAAUGGUGGAGGGGGAAUUCUUUGAUAAACUGGAGGCUGUGGCCAGAGAUGUCAGGAAAUGUGAGGAACCAUUUGGAGGAAUCCAGCUUAUCAUCUGUGGGGACUUCUUGCAAUUGCCUCCUGUUGCCAGAGAUCACAGACAGCCCAAGUUCUGUUUCCAGGCAAAGAGCUGGAGGAAGUGUGUCCAUUUGAACAUGGAAUUGACAGAGAUUUGGAGACAGACUGACAAGGAGUUCAUUUCUCUUCUGAAUGCUGUCCGUCUUGGCAGAUGUACAGAGGAAGUCACCAGACUGCUGACCCAAACAGGAAUGCAAAGAGUGGAGAGAGAUGGAAUACUGGCCACACGGUUGUGUACUCACAAGGAUGAUGUAGAAUUCACAAAUACCAUGCAGCUGCAGCAAUUAUCUGGAAUGCUACGGUCUUUCAAGGCUGUUGACAGUGAUCCUAUGUUGGUGAAGACUCUUGAUGCACAGUGUCCUGUGAGCAGCAUUAUUGAACUCAAGGAAGGUGCCCAGGUGAUGCUUACAAAGAAUCUUGAUGUUUCUCGAGGUCUGGUGAAUGGGGCUCGUGGAGUUGUGAUUGGAUUUGAAAUGGAAGGAAAAGGUCUGCCCAAAGUGAGAUUCCUUUGUGGCAUGACUAAUGUUAUUGGAUUGGAGCGAUGGGUUUUUAAAGGGCCAGCAGGCACUUACCUGAGUCGCUGGCAGCUGCCCCUGAAGCUUGCCUGGGCCAUUUCUAUCCACAAGAGCCAGGGUAUGUCUUUAGACUGUGCUGAGGUUUCUCUGGCUCGCGUCUUUGAAAAUGGGCAGGCAUAUGUAGCACUUUCUCGAGCUCGUAGCCUUGCAAGUCUUCGAGUUUUGGAUUUUGAUGUCAAGGUAGUGAGAGCUAAUCCAUGUGUACUGCGAUUCUACAGGGAAUUGAAGAGAGACCAGUUUCUAAAUCAGGCCUCUUUUCAUUCCUAUAUUCAAGCUGAUAAAGAAAAUGAAAAAGUUACCCAAAGAUUUACAGGCUGAGAAUCCUUGGUACCAUUUUAUUAAUUAAUUUACUUUUGGA